AUGUACGAAAGUGGCCUUUCUCCGGAUGGCAAGAAGUCGUCUUAUGAGUUUGCAAGCUACAAGGAUCUACCUACAUUUUUGGAUAUAUAUAACAAACUCCCGAACCCUUACAGAUGCUUUUUCGAGCAAAUCCGAGAAGGAAAUCCCUGUUGUGAGUACUACGACAUUGACUGGAAACUUACUACGACCUCCAAGGGAAACACCGAUCCUCCUUCACUCGAAGACGGCGCUAGUCCACUCGUCCCUAGCGAGGGCAUCGAUGCUAUUGCGCAACUUGAAAGACGAGUGUUUGGUGAGUUUCUUGCUGCUCGCAACCAAUAUGCACCGAAAUAUCCCAUCACCGAGAAUCAAUGCCGAAUCUUGACUUCAUCCACUCAUAAAAAGAUAUCAUUGCAUGUCAUGAUACCAACGUACACAUUCGAGAACAAUCACAGACACCUUCGGACAUUCCUGCUUGAUUUUUUCAAGGAUAUCAAAGCUGACCAGGAUCAGAAUGAAGGUAAUCUGCUCAAGUACAUUGAUUCAGGUGUAUACUCAAGAAGCAGAAGCAUCCGAUGUCUCGGAAGCUCGAAACGUAGAGACAUAACCAGACGUUUCAUCCGUACCCCAUGGCAUCAGCCAUCUAUGCAUGCAUUGGAUGCAGAAUUUUUCAUCACCAAUGUUCAGCCCAAUAGUAUCAAAGUGGAAAAAUCUCCAGCUGCCGACAGGUUCUCAAGGCGCCAGCGUAACCAGAUACCGUCAAUUUCAGCAGCACUUGGAGAUGCAUCUAGAGAUAUGACAUUACCACACCAGUUGUCCGUAUCUGUCGUCUCUGAUGCUGUACAUAGAAUAUUUGCACAAUACAAGCAUGCAAACCUAUACAGAAUACAGUAUGAUGGCCAAGGUGGGAUCUAUAAGCUGCAACGAGUUCAAUCUGGUCAAUGCGAUGUAUGCAAGAGAAGACAUGACAACGAGAAUGGCUAUCUUCAAGUGAGUCGAAAUGGAAGAGUGACGCUGUAUUGCUACAGAGCUAUUGCCGAGGGUUUAUCCCGCAAUAUCCUCGUCGGGGAAUUGGAUUUCGGCGAAAAGAUUGUCCUGAGACAACAUCUUGCUACGUUGGACACAGAUCAGCACUUGCAUCCAGGCGAAGUGUAUGCGUCACCCUACAUCAAAUACCACAAAUCACCGAUGAGUCUCUUGAUAAGGAGCGAGACUGGCACUGGAAAAACGACAUUCUUGGAGCAGUUUAUUCAAAUGAACCCAAAGUUGACGUAUCUUGCAAUAUCUCCAAGACAGACACUAGCCUCCAGUCUAGAGAAGAGACUCGGGUUUAAAAGCUAUUUGGAUUUUCCCUCCACUUAUAUCAAAGGUCAGAAGAUUGUCAUACAAGCCGAAUCUUUACAUAAACUGGAUCUUGCAUACUACACCAUGGAUGUUGUUCUGGUUCUGGAUGAAGUGUCAUCUAUCUUUGAUCAGAUGACAAGUGUCGCCACCAUGAGGGGCUUCCACAAGGCCAAUAAUGAUAUAUUACGAGACUUCAUUAAGGUAUCCAGGAAGGUGAUUGCCUGGAUGCUGAUCUAACAGACCGAGACGUUCAGGUAUCAAGGAGCUUCGAGAUGAUGUCCACGUUAUCCAUAAUACAUUCAAGCCACAGCAAGGAGAUCUCGUCUCUCUUUAUGAGAAUGAGGCUUCUCUGAAGUUAAAGGUUAUUAACUUAGUCAAGUCUGGAAAGAAAGUGUGGAUAUGUAGCACACAGAAGGCUGAAGAUGCUGAAAGUUUACAUAGUGAAUUGAAGGAUAUGGGGUUCAUUGGGAUGUGCAUCACUGCGAAUUCCCUGGAGUUGGAG